CAGAGUCUUAAUUAUUUUUCGAUGUUAAAAAGUAUUUACGAAUCAACCAUCAAAAGUAUAUAACACUUUAUCAACAGAUAAAUAUUAAAAAAAAGUACGAAUAAUGGAUCAUGAUGUUAUUUCAAAUAAAUGAUGGUUAUUAAAAGUAAACAGUGACUUUAUUUAUAAUAACAAGUUUUUAACAAUAGUAAGAUGUUAAUAAAAGUCAUUAUCUAGGCCAGCGUUGUAAUUUUUUUGUAUAGCCUGAGUUCUUUUGCGCUGUAUAGUUAAAUCGUUUGGUAUUGCUUAAAAUGUAAUGAAAUGCUUCGGUAAAUCGUGCUUCCUAUACGAAUAGGUACAGAAGACAAUUUCAAUCGCUACUAAUCGUUAAUAGGAAUUAUCAUUGUUUUUCCUUCAGAUUUAAGAAAUUAGGUGUAAUAUAUAUAUUAUAAGACACAAAUAUACUUAAACAUUUCGUUGUGUAUUAAACGACGAAUAAAAAUAAACGAAUGUCAGAUGUAUCCCACCACUCGUAUUAACGGAGGUCUUUAUAUCGUGUUAGUCUUCUCCAAUGUAUACUUAAAACAGUCGAAUAAAAUUCUUGAUAACUUUAUUAUUCGAACAGGCUGAAUUUUUUUUUUUAAAAUGCUUGCUGAACUUUUACCAUUUUGGACGAAAUACGGGUAUCAUAUGCUAAUCUUUAUCAUAUCUUGCAGUGUUUUAAAAGUUUUUUAUGAAAUAUCGAGAAAGGGCGCCAUUUUUAUUCAGAAUAAUAAAUAUACUUCUAAUAUCUUGGAUAAUACAAUACAGCAACUAGAAGAAACAUUAGAAGAUAGCGAAGAACCUGCGCUACCAAAAGAUUUAGAACAUGUUCCAUACAAAUAUACGAAACCCUCUGAAGCAGAGUUACUUUCUAGAGCUUCUAAGUUUUAUAAAAUAGUAGCUGCUAGAAGAAGUAUCAGAUUUUUUAGUUCAGAUUCUGUACCAAAAGAAGUUAUACACGAGAUAAUAAAAGCUGCAGGUACAAUAUCAUAUUAUUACAUUCACAAAACUUCUUGUACAUCUGAAUCCAUUUUAGGCACUACGCCUAGUGGUGCGCAUACAGAACCAUGGACAUUCGUAGCGGUAUCAAAUCAGAAGGUGAAAGAGCAAAUACGAUGUAUCGUCGAAACAGAAGAAGAAUUGAAUUAUAAAAAGAGAAUGGGAGUAAAAUGGACCACAGAUCUACUUCCAUUUAAAACCAACUGGAUCAAAGAGUACCUGACCACUGCUCCUUAUUUGAUACUUGUAUUCAAACAAAUUUAUGGAAUUUUACCUAACGGAAAAAAGAAAAUUCAUUAUUACAACGAAAUAAGCACAUCGAUCGCUUGUGGUAUUCUUAUCACCGCUAUACAGUAUGCAGGUUUGGUAACUUUAACUUCUACUCCGUUAAAUUGUGGACCUGCCAUUCGUAACCUUCUCAAACGUCCUCCUAAUGAAAAGCUAGUUGUACUAUUGCCAGUUGGGUAUCCAGCAAAAAAUGCAACAGUGCCUGCUCUCCAAAGAAAACAGUUGUCUGAGAUUUUAGUAGAAAUUGAUUGACAUGAAGACGAUGCUUCAAAUAACUCACAUAACGGAAUAACAACUGUAAUUCUUCGGCAUAUAAAAAGAACUUCUUCGGGAAGAUAAAUUACAACAGAACCUUCGUUAUCCGAAAUCAUAGAAAAAUAACAGUUCAGAUAAGACAAAU